AUGACCGUAAGCCUGCACCAGCAAGCUUUUGCAGGAUUUUCUAACACGAAUGCUGAUAACAGAUUGGCACGGGGUGCAGCAGUGGGAUUUUCCGAAGAGCUCUCUCCAAUAUUGAACCUUUGGUCACUCAGCUUCCCAAUAUUGACAGCUCUGGCUCGUCAUUCAAGCUCAGGAAUGGGUGUCCCAGUAACAGACCUCUCCGAACUAGGAGCAGACACCAAGCAGAUCAUACGCGUGGUUAGCUCGCCGGCCAUACUAGCGAUGGGCCUUCCAAGGAAGGGAGCGAGAACAUGUUUCUACUCGGGAGGAAUUCACCAAACGCGACUAAUAAUGGACAGAAACCUGCUGUUGUUAGUCAAGAUGGAGUACACGGAGGGCGUUUGGAAACUCAAUUUCGUUUUGUCUCUGACGGAUGCCAUUCUUGAGGUGAUCAGUGCCAGGGGAACACCUUUUACAGUGCUGACAGACUCUGUGGCCAUCCGACAAAAAGAAGACCUCCUCGCAGACCAGAUUGGACUGAAAAGUGACGAGUUAAGGAAAAUGGAACAGCUGGUACUGCUCGUGAAAGCUCUACGAGCUCUUAAACUGCCUCUUCUCUUCGCACGAGGAGAAAUCAGAGUUGGCCACCUAAAAUCCUCCAACGCCGUUAAGAAUGUUUUAAACGACUUGAACAGUCGAUAUCACCAGUGUUUGGAGACAU